UUAUACUUCUUCUUCUACUUCUGCCUCUGCCUCUGCCUCUGCCUCUCUGCCUCUGCUUCUGCCCCAAAUUAAAACUCUCUCACUUUCACUCUCUCUUCUCAUCCAUUCUCUGAUAUUUUCCCAGCCAUGCUUCUUCCAAUUUUCCCCACCUCCUUCUCCUAGCUUUCCACUUCCAUCCAUGGGCUUUCUCCGGCGACUUUUCCGUCCAAAAAAGCCCCCUCUCGACCCACCCGACUCCACUCAAGGCCUCAACAAGAAGAAGAACAGGCGCUGGGGCUUCGCCAAGUCCGCCCACAACGAUCAAUCUCGCCCUUACACGACGCAAUCCCAACCCAAUGCAUUUGGCCCCUCCUCUUCCUACACCGAACCUCUCGAUGCCAACAAGCACGCGAUUGCAGUCGCCGCCGCCACCGCUGCCGUCGCCGAGGCAGCUUUAGCCGCCGCCCAUGCCGCUGCCGAGGUUGUUCGUCUCACCAGCAGCACCACCACUCACGCUAAUGCUAACCGCCGUUGGAUGGAGGAGGCGGCUGCCGUUAAAAUCCAGUCCGCCUUUCGGGGUUAUUUGGCAAGGCGGGCACUUAGAGCACUAAAGGCAUUAGUAAGGCUUCAAGCUUUGGUGAGAGGUCACAUUGUGAGAAAGCAAAUGGCUGACAUGCUAAGGCGAAUGCAGACACUGGUUAGAUUGCAAUCUCGAGCUUGUGCUGGUCGCUCGAACUUAUCGGAUUCUUUGCAUUCUACCAGCAAGUCCUCGCUCUCUCAUAUCCGUGUCCAAGCAACUCCCAACGGAAAUGAACAUCAAUUCUGUGCCCAUCUUAGUAAUAAAUUUGACAACUCUGCACUUCUGAAGAGAUGUGGUUCAAAUUCAAACUUAAAGGAUGUCAGUGUUGUGGAUGGAGCGCCAGUCGGGUCAAGCUGGUUAGACCGUUGGAUGGAAGAAAACUUGUGGAAUAAUCGAGAUUUGGCUCUAAAAAACAUUCAUGCUGUGGAUGAGAAAACAGACAAAAUCCUCGAAGUUGAUACAUGGAAACCUCAUUUGAAGUCUCAAGGAAACAUCAGCAGCUUUAAGAACUCUCAAAUGGCUCCAGAGUUUAAAAACCAGAGCUUUACGACAAUCGACUCCCCAUCGAAACAUUCGUCGAAGGCUGCAAAACCAGUUUCGAGUCUUUCCUCAGGGGAAGCGUCCUUGAGCUCUUUAAAAUACCCUCUUGGAAAAUAUGAAGCAGCUACAAGAACAGCAGAAAAUAGCCCUCAAGUGCAUUCUGCCAACUCCAGGCGUGGUAAUGGCGCAAAAAGAGCUACAUUUUCGCCGACAAGAAGUGAGUAUGCAUGGGGAUAUUUCAGCGGCUAUGCAGGUUAUCCAAACUAUAUGGCCAACACAGAGUCGUCCAAAGCAAAAGUCAGGUCACAAAGUGCUCCAAGACAGAGGCUGGAGUUAGAGAAACUCGGAUCGAACAAGCGGCAUUCUCAGGUAUCUUGGGAUGCAUGGAGCUUUUCAAACAGCGGGAUCUCCCACGAACCCAAUUCAUCAAACAAUGCCAAUUCUGUAGCUGAUCGCAUGACUAAGUUUGCAAGUACCAAAUCAAGAUGAUCUUUGUUUGUUUUUGUAACUUCUCGUUUUUGAUUAUGCUGUGUGUGGGCGUGUGCUUUCUUUUGUUCAGCAGCAAUGUAAUUGUAAUUAUUUGACCUCUUCUGAUGUCUAGUCUACAACUUGUUGACCAUGAACGUACAAUACUUCCAUGUUUCGAGUGCUAAGCCAAUGCCUUUGAAAUUUGAAUUGUACUCCGAUCUGACCAA